AUGAAUCAGGUUGAUCAAAAUAUAAACAAAGAUAUGUUUGAUUCUGAUCUGAUUGACGUGGAAUCGUUGGAUUAUUCCGAUGAUCAGACGUGGUUGUACACAAUCCCAGAUGAUUCGGGCCAGCAUGUGGACAUUGUGGACUGGAACCUUUCAUGUGACUGGCCCAGCAAUGAAGACAAUGACUAUCUUAAACUUGAAAAAGAACUAUAUACAGUGCUUGAUAACAUACUUAAAAGCGAAAUCCUUGCAUUGCCAGACAAGCAUAAAUUCGAUUCCCGAACCUUCGUGAGGCCGAAAAAACGAAGUCAAAGACCGAGCAUACAGAAUAUCAUGGAGGUCGUUUCAAACCCACCGUCACUGUCUCCGCAUCCAUCCCUCAACCAGGCGGCCAACAAAUAUCUGACGUACAAUAAAUACAAUAACCCAUUGGGUCCAAUUAGUCCCAUGUUGAGAUUGAAGACAUUUAACGUUGAUACGAAUUCAGAGAACAGUACUGCGGUGAAAGAGUAUGCCAUGAAGAGAAGGAGUUUGGUGCAAGAUGAUGAUCCGCAGUUGGAAGAUAUGGAUGUAACGUUGGCUUCGGGGCGAUCGUCAAUGGACCACACGCCCUCAAAGCCGAUCAACAUCGACCUCUCACAGCCCGCACACAACCUACACAAUACAUUCAACAAGGGUUUAUCAAACAUCAUACAAGAGCGCGGCAGCCUUAACAUGUACCAAAGUGGGGAGUCACUGAUGCGAAUGUCGCCUCCAAGCCUCGUCUCAUCAUUACUCAUGGAGAGUUCAGGCAACUUUAACACCGAGUCUAUGGACGGCCGAAAAUCUUUUCCUCAUAAAGAGUCGGGGCCACCAAUGUCAGGUCGAGAAAGUAUUGAUCAAAUGAUGACCAGCAUGACAUUAAGUAUUCUUGACGAAAAGGACAUGAGUACAAGCUUUCUUUCUCAGACCACAUAUCCUGACAAUGACAGCCUCAUUGACUCUCUACCUCCCAGUUUAGUGAGCUCAGUGAAUUCAUCCUAUGUCAUCUCCAACAGCACCACAUCCAAAACAAAAGACAGUCCAGAUUCUAAUAUAUUCAGUUCAGCCACUUUUACAAACUUAGAACAAUCACAACAAAGACUCCUUACAGGAAGACCAAGACACAAUCUCUACAACAGUUUUACUAAACGUGAACCUGGCAUAAAAAACUCUGAAAGUUACACCAAAGCCCGCGAAGAAGCUUGCCAAAUUGAUACUGGAAAAGUUCUAAACGAAAAUUGUGAUAACAAAGAAUCCCCUAAGUAUACCCAAAAACAAAACCCUGAUAUGGGUGAAACAAUAACGUACUAUUCUAAUAAUAGAUUCAUAAAAGCCAAUGACGCUGAGAAAGAAAACUUUGAACGUGACGACGCCUUCUAUAAAGAUAUGGGCCUUCAGAAACCAGAAGAAAUAGCCAGAAAUAGUCUUAACGUUACUUUGGGGAAGCAGGAGCUGAAUGAAAUAAUACAAGCUCGCCAAAAACUUUCGUUAGCUAGAAAAGGACUACCGAGCGAGCCGGAAAAGUCUUUGCCUAACCAAACGGACACAUCGCCAAUAAAAACUAUCCAGUUACCGAAUCAAACCAUCACAGUACCUCGGCAAAGUAUAGAGAACGCUUCAGAAUUACUUUCGCGGCGGAGAGCAAUGAACGCUAACACCAACGGAUUCGAUAAACCAGAAGAGCCUAUUAGAGAGCCUCCAAAAAGGAAUGCUACGUUCAAAAAGCUAUCACCCAGGGCAAACGCUAUGGAUACAACGGUUGUAUACGUGAAGACAGAGGACAAUAAUAUAAUAGAUAUAAAUUCUGCUACGUUGAACCUGAUUGACGGCAGUGAGAGAACGUCAGCACAGGAUAUAAGGGAAUGGACUUCUCAAGAUCGAGCUAUGGUGGUGUCGGGCGAAAGCACAGAUACGAGCACCUUUAGUUCCUCGAGUCCACCGGACAGCGUGCCUGAUACAAUACCAAUACAUAAUCCACGCUCACAGAUAGCAUCAACACCGCUAAUGUCACUACGGAAAGGGUCCAAGAACGAGUUGCUAGAUUUACACAACACAAUAUCGCCUAUCUACGAUACUCUGGAUGACAAAUCAUACGCUAUCCCUAAAGUCCCUUCCACUAACACAACGGUUAUGGAACGCACCUUCGAUAUGCACAAUACUACGAUCAUAAGUAGUGUACCGACGGCGAAAAAGAGUUUAGUCAAAAGGGAUAUUUUGGCGGGGAAAACUACUACUGAGAAGAGAAUACAGCCGCCCGUCAGUGGUUUGAAGUCACCAUCGUCAGUGUGUAACAAAACGCCCUCGACAGCUACAGUAACAUAUGGUCAUAUGAUUCCUCCAAUGGCCGUGCCCAGAAAAACAGGUUUGCCGACAUCAAAACUGAGGCAGUACAGUUCGCAUAGAGAACUUAACAGAAUACCUCCCGCUCAGCCGAUAUCAGGCUUGGCAGUUGCGUCGCGGGGCCUGGCGCUGGGCGGGCGCGCGAUGGUGCGGCGCGGCGUGUACGCGUCCAACCCCGCGCUGUCGCCCACCUCCAGCGCGAGCGCAGCUCCUCCCGUUGUCGUAACUGACUCUUAUACCAUCGCCAACUACCAGAAAGCGGACGACAAGAGCUCUACGGCGGGCGAGGCGGCGGCCCCGCCCGCGCUGGUGCGGCAGGGCACGGAGACGCUGCGCCGGGAGCGGCCCCACUCGCAGCUCGUCGCGCCCAGAGAUUGUGACGUAUUACAGCCCUCAACAACGCGCCCCAGCUCUGUAGCCAGCUCGUCCCAAGCUCGGAGCAGCGCACGACCUACCUCCGGCCCCAUACAUAAAAUUGCGCCACCGGCUCCAGUAGUGGACCAGCCUCGGCCGUCGACAGGCGAGGUACGCGUCUCCGCACUACCACGACCCUCCCGUCUUCCUGCACCUCGGAGAGCGUUACGGCCGCCGUCCGUGUACGGCGCGGCGGCGGGCGCGGCCGAGCUGGAGCACUACUGA